AUGGAUGGUCAAUCAAGGCACCGACUGGGAGGAAGUUGUGUGUUUGAAAGGAUUCCAAAGAAAUUAUGUAUUACAAAGAACAAAAAGAGCACUCAACAAACCAACCUUUCAUUCUCUAAAACGGGUCAAGCAGGACUACAUAGCCUCUACUUCUACUUCUGUCCCAACCACCAAUUAAAAUACUACCUCCUUUACUCACGCUACAAAGCCAGAAUCGGAUCAACAACCAACGAUGAUCCCCCAGUGAUCAUCAAACUGGGAAGCUUCACAUCGAUCGAUAUCAAAGAAACACUUCACAAGCUCAUCGUCAACCCAUUCCCAAUCAUUCGUCACGUGAGAACCUCUUAUCAAUCCAUCAGAAUUCAACCGAUGUGGUAAUAGUACUACCGAUGUAGACUUAUCGUACUGCGUCCUCCAACAGCGCAUCAAGCCAUCUCCAUUCGCUCAUCCUUUCGUCAUUCCUAUCAAAAAAAACAAACGUUAACGAUGUUACGAUUUCAAUUUGUUAACGUAUUUGCCCUUAUCCGGCACCGGAAACCAAGAGUCAGA